CUUUAGGAAUUUAACCAGUCCCAUCGGACUGAUUAAAACAGAUGAAUGUCAGUCCGCCAGACGUUUAACCAAUCACAGACUGACGAGCAUAUAUGUUAAUUCCGAGCCCUGUCCAUGGUUCGAGGAAAGUGAGGAAGAGAGUAGCAUAUCAAUGGCCUGUCAGACAGAAGAACCUAGGAAACGCAGUGUUAAGAUCCAAGUGGCUGCAAAGAAUAAAGAGAAAGGGCUGCAAGUUAAUCUCCAACCACGUGUUCGCAGCAUUGGUAUACAAUUUAAUGGCAGGGAUGACUUGCCCACUCCACAAGUACCACCAGCAGCAGUUCCUGUCCUGGAUUUGUCAAGUGGGGGAGAGUCAAUAGAGGAAGUAGGGAGUGAGGCUGCCUCACUGUAUGAACCAUCUAGUAGCUGUGCCAGUUCAGAUGAUUCUCAUAUCCAUAAUAAUAACAAUGAAAAGCCCUACAACCCACUGGAUGAAGGAAAGUUUAUAGUGUCCAGAUCAAAGUUGUUGGAGCUAUUCAGUAGCUGCAAGAGGUGCCAUAGACACGCCACAGCCACUGUUCAUCAGGUGAUAGGGACGAUGGCCAGGAUUAGUGCAGAGUGUGAAUUCUGUGGAUUUACUUGGCAAUGGAGUAGCCAGCCCUCCCUUGGAAACAUUCCGGUAGGAAACCUCGGAUUAUCUGCCAGCAUUCUGUUCUCUGGAGCCCUUGCUGCUAAAGUUCUGCGGGUUCUGCAGUUUAUGGGAGUUGCAACCAUAACAAGUAGAACAUUUUAUUCCCACCAGGCAUCUGUGCUGUUUCCUGUCAUUGGUCGUGUGUGGAACAGACACCAGGAGAUGUAUGUCAGGCAAGCGGAGGAACGAGGGGAGCCACUGAUUGUUGGUGGAGAUGGGCGAGCUGACUCCCCUGGUCACUGUGCCAAGUUUGGCUCCUACAGCACUAUUGACCUUGAAAAAGGAAUUGUGAUUGACAUCCAGCUAGUUCAGAGUAAUGAAGUAAAGAAUAGUAAUGGUAUGGAGAAAAGAGGUCUCGAGCGUGCUGUUGACUGGGUAAAAAAUAACGAUCUGGAGAUAGGGACGAUCGUGACUGACCGCCAUCUACAAAUCCAGAAGUGGAUCAGGGAAAAUUUACCCGAGACCACUCAUUACUAUGAUGUGUGGCAUGUUGCUAAAGGUUUAAAGAAAAAAGUCCUGGCUGCCGCCAAACAGAGUGAAUGUGGACAGCUAUCGAAGUGGAGCAGGAGCCUGACAAAUCACCUAUAUUGGGUAGCAGCCUCUACACCUAAUGGGGAUGGGGACUUGAUGUGGGCAAAGUGGGAAUCCGUUGAAAACCAUGUUCACAACAAGCAUGAGGGACACAAUGAGCUAUUCCCAUCGUGUGCCCAUGGCAUGUUUUAUGGCGACGAACGAAAGAAGAAGUGGAUAAAACCAGGAUCAAAAGCAAGUGAGAAGAUUAGUGACAUCAUCUUGUCCAAUCAGAUGAAAAGGGACAUUCCCAAGCUAUCCCCAUUGUACCAGACAUCACAGAUAGAGGCAUUCCAUAGUACUGUCAACCACUUUGCCCCCAAAAUGGUGGCCUUCUCUUACUAUGGCAUGUACUGCAGGUUGAUCGUUGCUGCUCUUCAUUUCAAUGAAAAUACGUCAAGAGUGCAGGCUGCUACAAAGGAAGGGAACAUGCAGUUCAAGAUCAGCUUUCCCAAGUUUAAGCAUGGAGAGUACAGUGUGCGAAAGAGAACUGUAGAUUCAACAUAUAGUACUACAACAAUACUCCUUUCCUCUCCUCUUUUUCUCUCUCCCUCUCUUGACUAAUGGGAAUGCCUAAAUAAAGUCUAUAUAUAUAUAUACCAAUAAAAUAGAAACAGUAUAAAGAAUUUAAAAAAUUUAAUUUGAAUUUAUGGAAAACAAUGAGCACCUAGAAGAGUAGAAAUUAAGAUUCUCAUAUGACACAGUUAUUGCAUAUUGACUUCAUUUCAGGGUAUGUAACUUCAUUGAUGACUGAGACAUUCGCAUCCAUGGAAGCUUCAGUUGAUGCUACAUCACCCCAUCAACCACCUGUCUCCUGCUUGCCAGAAAUACAGCCACCACCACUUUCCAGUAACUUUGUGCAUCCUGAAAAAAGUGAGGCAGUGCAGCAUUUCAGAUCUCGUUUUAGGAGGAAAGAGACACCAGUAUAGAAGAGAAGUGUGAUGAACAUGUGCGAUGAACAAAACUUUAUCACGUCCAUCAGGUAUAUAGUUGUGUAGUAUAUUGCAUAUGUAAAUAACUUAGUAUUAGAUUGCUUUAUUUUUAGUGUCAUAGUAUGUAGCUAUAGUGUAAAUAAUUCCCCUUGUAUAGUCAUUAAAGACAUGGAAACAUGUAAGCAGGGCCCACGUCCCAUUCCUGGGUGCAGGAUUUAUUUUGUAGCUGAUGCUUUCAUUGAUUUAAAUUAUUCUAAUUAAAAAAUAGAUAUCUUUACAGAUAUUUUUUUAUUUUUAGUGUUCUUUUUCUUGCUUAUGUUUUUAACUUUUGUAUAAUAUUAUAAAUAUUUUUUUCAUCAUGAGAAAUAUUGCUUUUUUUAAACUUUUUAAAAAAUGUUUUACUUUGAGUCAAAUUAUGCUUACUCAUUCUGGGUCUUGAUAUCCGUGAUAUUCCUCUGAGCUGAAUGUCUCACGGAUCUUUGUUACUGCACAGGAGGGGAGGGGAACUCGAACACUCUUUCCUAAGUAGCCCCAACACCAACGAGCUAGUUGACGAUAUGCGGUAUAUCUGUUUCUCCUAUGAUAAAAAUGUAUAAAUUGUUACACAACUGAAUACACCACUUUUGUUGAAUUCCUAAUAAUUAUUGAUAAUAAAACAUCAUUCUUACUCAU